AUGAAACAAACCAGCAAUAGUCGAAAUCAAUCCUCUGGCACCAGGACAAGCAGCCAUCCUCAAGGCCCUGUACCACAACAGGCCCAGAUAACCCGACAUGACAAUCCACCAAGAACGGUUUCUCGAAUAGAGCUACAAUAUACUCACCAGCACUUAGGCUUACUAUCUUCCGGCUAUCAAUCUUCCAGCUAUCAAUCUCACGCCAUUCCUCCACCUUCCUUCCCGUCUCAGCGAGGACCAGCGUCCAGACAUCCUUCCCAACAUUUGAACAUACAAGCCCCUGGCCAUCGAUAUCAAGUCUCUCCUCCACCUCCAUAUGAGGCUCGGCAAGAUACCACGGCGCUGGUUCCUACCCAGCUUUCGAGCAUACAAACCGCUGUCCAAUCGUACGCCAUUCCACCACCUCCAUACCAGUCUCAUCGAGGAUCGCAAUCGGGGCAUUCUUCCCAACAUUUAAACAUACAAGCCUCUGAUCAGCGAUAUCAAGUCACUCCUCCACCUCCAUACGAGGCUCAGAACGAUACCCCGGUGCUGGUUCCUACCCAGAUUUCGAGCAUACAAACCGCUGCCCAUCAAUCGCACGCAACUCCUCCACCACCCUACAAGCCUCCGGAGCAACCAGUGUCUGGGCAUCUCUCCCAAAGCUCGAACAUGCAAACUCCUGACCAUGUAUCUCAUGCCACUCCUCCGUCUCCAUACCAGCCGCUGGUUCCUUCCCAACUUUUGAACAUGAGACCUCACGACUCUCGACCUCACGCCAAUGCAUACACUGAUCUUCCUCCACCCACUCCAUCCCCGCCUCAGAUAGUGCCUGGAUCUCCUCCUCGAACUCCUUCCUUCCUACCUCAAUCAACGCCAGAAUUGCCUCCCCCAACUGCUCCUGUCCUGUCUCAUGCAGUACCUGUGUCUUCCUACAGACAGGCGAACAUACGGCCCUCCGACCAUCGACCUCGCGCCAGGCGACCUCGUAGCAGGCGAUCCCAGACUCCUGCAUUGAUGGCUCUCUUUCCAACCGGCCAGCGCCUGACAAUGACAGCGAUGGAUGCUCCACCUGACACCCACGCUUCUAACGUGGAAUCACUUGUUCAUAGGGAACACGAACCAAAGAAUAGAGCUCAAAGUAAUGGACUACAACAUGGGAGUCAGUUGCGUGGGGACGCACCAGAGUUUGUUCCCCAUGGAGCUGGCGACCGUGACGAAUCCACCACAGCAUUUGAAGAGCCUGACGAGAAUCACCAGGAGGCACAGGAGGAGUCCACCAUAGCCGUUGAAGUCUCUGACGAGAAUCAUCAAGAUGCGCAGGAAUUCACCUGGCUAGUUGUCGAUGGUAGUAUGCAUUAG